AGGUGAUCUUGAUCUCGUCCGGUGAGGACCCUGUGACCAAGGCCCUGGCUGACAAUCUAUCCCAGAGGACAGGCUGCGAGGUCAGGCAGCUGGGCAAGGACAUCCAGGGUGAGGUCAAAGCCAUGAUGGAUGACAAGGAUCUGGACUGGAAGGAGGUUGCCUAUAUGGGUAAUGAUGCACCAGAUGUUGACUGUCUGAACCUUGCUGGGCUGAGUGCAGUACCCCGGGACGCCCCAGUGGUGGCGAUCAACGCUGCUAAAUACUCCUGCCACAGUGCUGCAGGCCUGGGGGCUGUGAGGGAGUUUUCUGAACACAUCCUGCUGCUCAAGAAGAAGGCCAAGUCUCAGAUGGAACAGGACCGCAUCCACAGAAAUACAUUCUAAACUCUAGAAUGUGUUCUAAAGUCACAGAAAUACAUUCUAAACUCUAGAAUGUGUUCUAAAGUCACAGAAAUGCAUUCUAAAAUCUAGAAUGUGUUCUAAAGUCACAGAAAUACAUUCUAAAAUCUAGAAUGUGUUCUAAAGUCACAGAGAUCCAUUCUAAACUCUAGAAUGUGUUCUAAAGUCACAGAGAUCCAUUCUAAACUCUAGAAUGUGUUCUAAAUUAGGGAUAGGCAUUAUAAAUAAUAUCAUGACAUUUUAUCGGAUAUCCAGAUAGUUUUAAUCAUGGACACUUGUUUGCUGCGCAGCCUGCAGGACUCGGGAGAUGCUGUGGGGACAGGGACCAGGGGUGUGCGACAAAGGAGGGAGAGAACAAGUAGCCACUGACUCGCGCUAGUUAGACACUUGUAAAUGCCAUAGGUUAUCUAUCAUCCAAUAUGGCAGUGCAUGUCUUUACUGUCCUGAUCUACAACAACCCUGUUCAGAGUAAACAGCCUAUACUGAAGGUUGCUCAUUGUAGGCUACUCCUCAUUUACUUUACUUAAUUCUGUCAUUUUAAUUAAACUUUCCUUUCAUUGCUUAGAGAUCUCCCACUUCACGUUGCUACACAUGGAGCCUCUGACUGUAGUGUCAACAACAGCAAGCUAAGUGAAACCUGUGUAGGCUAAUACCGUAUGUAUUUUUUAAACUAUAUUCACAUUUGUGACGUUUUAUUAAAUGAAGAAUUCCAAAUGUCAUGAGUGUAGAAAUGUCCCAUAGAUAAUUUUAUUCCGUUAAGAUGAAGCCUUGUCAUUGUUGAAAUAGGCCUGUGUAUACGAAUACUAAUGUCCGUUUCAAUAACUGUGCCCAUUGCUAGUUUUUACAGGUUGUCAGAUCAAGGUAGUUUGGGUUUUAUUUCGCUACAGGUUGUGUUGACAAAAAUUAAUGUCUUUAUUUUAAAUGAAGUAGUAUACAGGAGGCCUUUCAUUUACUUGAGAUUGAUUGUUUUUCUCUCCACUUUUUAAUGUUCUGCCUUAAUUUUGGGGGGAAAGUAUUAGGACAUUAACAUGGAGUUGCACUGAGAUUCUUGUUGUUUGAGGUGUUUACUUUUGUAUUUCGCCUGCAAUUUGUUUGUCAAAUUAUACAUGAUCAUAAACGUAAGAAACACUUUCUUAUUCCCCUGCU